ACUCUGCCAGGGCAGCAAGGGUCCGUCCAUCCGCCACCGCGGCGAGUGGCUCACACCCAACGAGUUCCAGUUUGUCAGCGGCCGCGAGACGGCCAAGGACUGGAAACGCAGCAUCCGCCACAAAGGGAAAAGUCUGAAGACGCUUAUGUCCAAGGGGAUCCUGCAGGUGCAUCCUCCGAUCUGCGACUGUCCCGGCUGUCGAAUAUCCUCCCCGGUGAACCGGGGGCGGCUGGCAGACAAGAGGACAGUUGCCCUGCCCCCUGCCCGGAUCCUGAAGAAGGAGCUGACCCCCAGCUUCUCAGCCAGUGAUGGCGACAGUGACGGGAGUGGCCCGGCCUGUGGGCAGCGGCUGGGCUUGAAGCAGGAGAACGAGCCGCAUGUCCAUAUCAUGAAGAGAAGAGUCCACACCCACUGGGACGUGAACAUCUCCUUCCGAGAGACGUCCUGCAGCCAGGACAGCGACCUUCCCACCCUCAUAUCCAGCGUGCAUCGCAGCCGCCACCUCGUUAUGCCUGAGCAUCAGAGUCGCUGUGAAUUCCAGAGAGGCAGCGUGGAAAUAGGCCUGGGAGCCGCAGGUGACCUGUUGGGCAAGAGGCUGGGUCGCUCCCCCCACAUCAGCAGUGACUGCCCUUUGGAGAAGAAGGCCCGAAGCAAGUCUCCUCAAGAGACUCUGUUGCUUCCGGAACUAGGGCCCAGCAUGGCCCCUGAGGAUCAUUACCGCCGGCUGGUGUCUGCCCUGAGUGAGGCCAGCACCUUUGAGGACCCUCAGCGUCUCUACCACCUGGGCCUCCCCAGCCAUGAUCUCCUGAGGGUCCGACAGGAGGUGGCAGCAGCAGCCGCGAGGAGCCCCAGUGGCCUGGAGGUCCACCUGCCCUCAUCCACAGCAGGUCAGCGUCGGAAGCAGAGCCUGGCUCAGCACAGAGACGGCACCGGCCCAGCUGGCGCCCCAUCCUUCUCAGAGAGGGAGCUGUCGCAACCGCCCCCCUUGCUGUCGCCCCAGAAUGCCCCACACAUCGCUCUGGGCCCCCACCUCAGGCCCCCCUUUUUGGGGGUGCCCUCGGCCCUGUGCCAGACCCCAGGUUACGGCUUCCUGCCCCCUGCCCAGGCGGAGAUGUUCGCCCGGCAGCAGGAGCUCCUGCGGAAGCAGAAUCUGGCCCGGCUGGAGAUGUCAGCAGAGCUCUUGCGCCAGAAGGAGCUGGAGAGCGCGCACCGGCCGCAACUGCUGGCGCCCGAGGCCGCCCUGCGCCCGCCGGACGGUGCCGAGGAACUGCAGCGGCGCGGGGCCAUGUUGGUGCUGAGACACAGCUCCGCGCCGCUGCUGGCCCUGCCUCCCCAGGGUCCCCCGGGUCCUGGGCCCCCUACCCCACCCCGAGAGCCUGCCCGCCGAGCUCCUCGGAAAGGGGGCCCCAGCCCUGCCUCAGGCCGGCCCAGUGAGUCCAAAGAGACAACGGGAGCUGGACUCUGGGCACCAGACGGCUCUGAAGAUGAACCCCCCAAGGACUCAGACGGCGAGGACUCCGAGAUGGUGGCUGUUGGAGGCCAGGUCCCCCACCCAGGCCAAGCCCCACCUGGAGGGGCCAGCUCUGAGGGGAAGGGACUUCUCUCAGGGUCCAUGCUGCCCCCUCCACUGCCCCUGGGCUUACCCUACACUGUCAGCCCCUUCUUCCACACAGGCACCAUGGGGGGCCUCUUCAUGGAUGGGGAGGAGGCCACAGCCCCUGAGGACGUCAGCAAGUGGACAGUGGACGAUGUCUGCAGCUUUGUGGGGGGCCUGUCUGGCUGUGGAGAAUAUGCACCGGUUUUCAGAGAACAGGGGAUUGACGGGGAGACCCUGCCCCUGCUGACAGAAGAACACCUCCUGACCACCAUGGGGCUGAAGCUGGGGCCUGCUCUCAAGAUCCGGGCCCAGGUGGCCAAGCGCCUGGGCCGCGUCUUCUACAUGGCCAGCUUCCCCGUGGCUCUGCCACUGCAGCCACCGACGGUGCGGGCUCCUGAGCGGGAGCUCAGCUCAGGGGAGCAGCCCCUGUCCCCAGCAUUGGCCCCCUCCCCCUAUGGGGGGGUGCAUCCCCCGGCCAGCCGCGCCUCACCCAAGCAAGAGAAUGGAACCAUGGCUCUGCUCCCAGGGCCUGCAGACCCCUCCCAGCCUCUGUGCUGAGUUGGUGUCAGACCAAGGCCUUCAGUGCCAGCUGCUCCCAGGCAAAGGCCACUCCCCCCCACAGCUUAUCCCCUUUUUGUUUUGGAUGCAGAAACAAUUUUAAACACAUGACAUUCAGUUUCCACAGACUCUGGGGGUGACUGCAGAGCCUGGUGCACACCCUGGGGGUCGGUACUCUGCAUCCCAGGAGCUGCAAAUAAGCCAGAGACCAAGGAGCCACAGAGGCGCGUGGCACUGGCCCCACCACAUGGCUGUGUCAGCUCGCCACAUCGGGUAGGUGCAUUCCCGCCUGCCACCGUGGGCUGUGGUGGGAAGCGGGCCCCUCGGUGGUUUACGGAUGCAGCUCCAGGAACCAGACGGCAUUUGGUACUUUCUGGUCUUUUAUGUUGUAAAAAUAAAGGCCUCUCCACCA